AUGGGCAUGCUGGAGAGAAGUCUCGAAGAAGGCGUCGUUCGUAAGACAGACUCAAACAACAGAGGCUCUUAUGAUUUCUCCAGACUGAGCGCACUCCCUGGUCAAAUCCACCAAAGUGACCAGGAAGAAGAUGAGGACACCAAGGACCUUCGUCCAACCGGUUUUGUUACCGAAGACGCUACCUAUUACGAAGACGAAGACGAUACCAACGACGACAUAGUCGAUCUUGGCUUCCGCAUGGGUAAGAUUCGAAUAACAGAGCGUAUUGGAGGUCUCGUGCGUCCAAAGUUCUCGGAUGAACUGGCCCAGCACAUAAAAGAAAUGCCCCUACGCGAAACUCCUUCCCAGCCGACUAUCGAGGAAGAUCCCACUUGGUUAGCGCCAAGUAAGGACUAUGUCGCCCCAUCUUCCAACUUCAUGCUGGCUUCCGGACUCGACAACGCAUCGCUCGUGUCCUAUCUGCCUGCACGAUUUAUUGUCGAUAAACUUAUCGCACAUUACUGGGUUUCUGUGCAUGUUGUUGCUCGAGUUGUCCAUCGUCCCUCGUUCGAGAGGCAAUAUCAAAACUUCUGGAUCAGAGUCAACAUGGGUAUGGAGCCUCGCUCUUCCUUCCAGGCGGUUCUCUUUGCAGCUAUGCUGAGUUCAGUCGUCUCUAUGAGUGAAGAGAAAGUGCAGGCUGAAUACCAAGUUGAUAAACCAACACUGGUGAAUAGCUUUCGUGAAGGAGCAGAGGCAGCUCUCGCUAAAGCCAACUUCUUGCGCACCACCAAGCUGGAAACAAUUCAAGCUUUUGUCAUGUAUCUGAUUCCCUUGUGCCGUAAUGAAGUGUCCCGCGCUCAUUCUGCGCUGACGGGAUCCUUGAUCCGCCUUGCCGAAUGCAUGGGGCUCCAUCGGGACCCUACCUCAUACAGUAGCUCACCAAUCGAGAUCCAAGUCCGGCGCCUUGUAUGGUAUCAGAUCUGCUUCCUAGAUCUCCGCACUUGUGAAGCUGUGGGUCCCCGACCGCAGAUCCGUCUGGAUGAUUUUGACACACGCUUCCCUCUUAAUAUCGACGAUGAUGACCUCGAUCGCGCUGAGCGUGGUGAGCCCGGCAUAGAUGUCACCAAAGACUCGAUUCGUUUCACUGACAUGACCAUAAGUCGUAUGCGCUUUGAAGCAUACGAAAUGCAUCGUUACCUGUGGAAUGAACGCCCAAAGUUAGACCAGAAGCGCACGGGCGGCAAGAACGACGUAACUAUUACAUCCCUCCUAUCACGUGUUCAGUCAUUCCUGGCAGCUAUGGAGAAGAAGUACGUGCCGAUGCUUAGCAAGUCGAACGCACUGCACGUCCUGGCUUCAGAGCUUCAUGGUAUCGUCUCGAAUCGACUGUACGUCUCCAUAUUACAAAAGUACAUUUCUAGUGUCCGCAGUAGAAUGCCUGAGCGCUUGCGACAGCUUGUCAUGAGCGCUGCGACGCUGAUCCUGGAACAUGGUAUGGCGAUUGAGCAGCAUCCCAUCUUGUCUCGAUGGUCAUGGAUCGUUGGUGCUCUCCACCAGCAUCACUGCGCGCUUCUCCUUAUCAGUGAGGUGAACAUGUCUAAGCCCGACCCUGCCAUAGAGCAACGAAUCUGGAGAUGUCUAGAUUACUCGCUCGAUCUCCCUACAGGACUUUCCAACGAGGAAAAGACGAAAUCAGUGUUGUCAGAACUAGUUGGCAAAACCAAGAAAUACUCUGAUAUGAAACGAGUUCGCGCCCCGAACAAUGCACCAAGUGUGCCAAAUGCGCCACCACAAUCUAGACAACAACCCCAAGAAGAUCAGGUACAGCGUCAGGAAAUUUCGCCACCAUCCGUGGCCAGUGUUGGCCCUCCACCACAGAGCAUGGCAGGGGGAUUACCCGCACAACUGCCUGUGCAACCAGCGCGUCCACCUACCCUACAACAUGGUUCUUCACUAGGUCCUAGAGUAAACAAUUUUCCCGGUGCCAUCCCAAGCGUGGAUUGGGGUACUAUCGAUCUUCCAGCGUCAGUCCCGGUUGCGCAGCCGCCAGUUUACAACGACUACGUCCCUAACCCUGUUGGCGCGUAUCCUCCAAGUACGGACCACUACAGUGGAGGCCACAACAGUAGUCCGAACUCUGCAAUAUACGGCACGACUCCUCAGUCGUCAAGUAGCAACCCCAUGGACGCCACCAACGAAAUUGACUGGAACGAUGUUGAGAAAAUGUUUGGCACUCCCAAGUUCGAUCCCUCCGAGGUGAAGGUCAUUCACCUCCGUGCGACCGGUGGUGAAGUCGGUGCCUCAUCCGCGCUCGCUCCCAAGAUUGGUCCUCUCGGUCUCUCCCCCAAGAAGGUCGGUGAAGAUAUCGCCAAGGCCACUGGUGACUGGAAGGGUCUCCGUGUCACCGUCAAGUUGACCAUCCAAAACCGUCAAGCCGCCGUCUCCGUCGUUCCCUCCGCUUCUUCCCUCGUCAUCAAGGCCCUCAAGGAGCCUCCCCGAGACCGUAAGAAGGAGAAGAACAUCAAGCACACCAAGAGUAUUCCCCUUGAUGAGAUCAUCGCCAUUGCCCGUACCAUGCGCUUCAAGUCCAUGGCCAAGGACCUGAAGGGUACCACCCUUGAGAUUCUCGGAACCGCCUUCAGCACUGGCUGCAAGGUUGACGGCCGCAGCCCCAAGGAUGUCUCUGACGACAUCAGGGCCGGCGAGAUUGAGAGUAAGUUGUCGUCCGGGCAGUUUGAAAAGACAUGA